CACAGAUUUUCACUGAAAGGCUACAUCUGACAAAAUAAAAGAAAGAAAAUAUCAAAAAGGAAAAGGCUGAGCAGGAAACAUGGACGUCACAUUAGGAGGGUGCGGCUUGGUCCUCGCAUUUCUCUUUAUCUUCUUUGGCAUGGCUGAAGUUGGACUAUGGGUGGCGUGUUACUUCGAAUGCCCUGAUGGACAGUUGAUUGAAUUCAAUUAUUUCGCCUCUGUGUGGACUGGGGUUUUGGCAUUCACAGUAGGCUUCAUGAUCAUCGUAUUGUUUUGUGUCAAAUUCAAAUCUUUGGGCACAUUUAUCAUCAUAUUGGCUUUCUUGCUGGUUCCAUGUGAAAUCCUCUGCGCAUGUGUCUACGCAUAUCGUGCCUAUCUCUCUCGACCAAUGGGAAACGAUUUAACAGGCAACGUGGGAGUGGACUAUUUCAGCGUAUUUUUCUUCAGUGCCAUGGCCGUAGGUGGCGUCUUACUCUUUAUCAUUACUAUCAUGUGGAACUGUUAUUAUUGUUGCGUAGCAACGCCAGUUGAAGACUUUGAGGAGGAAGUAAAGGAGGAUUUAGACGAGGAAGAGGAAAGACAGAAGAAUCUUCGGUCUAUUCAGGAUAGUGUAUUCGUUAACAAUCCCGUGGUAGAUGAUGAAUCUCGUCCUCCUCAAACUCGGCCACUUCAUUUCGGCCAAGAACCAAAUUACGCUCGUUACCCUCACUCAGUUCAAAACGGUCAUCCGCAGUCAAUGCCACCACGACAGAAUACCAGACAUCCGGCUCCCUAUCCGGAUAACCGUCGAGAUGACCGUAAGUCGAGAAAUCAGCAGCAACCUCCUAUCCGGAAUGACUAUCCGUAUCCACCUGCGUUUGAUCGAGAGCAUAUGCCCGAAGACCGGACUAGGAGGAACCGGCAGCAGUCAAGGAUGCCACGCCCAAAUCUAGGUGCGAACCACCAAUCAUAUCUUCGAAAUGAAAAUAGGCGUGGCCAAGUCAAUCAGGGAUACGAAGAGGAUGGGCUAGAGCAACCAAUAGACAGGUCGUACAACUUAAGGAGUUACAUUUACGAUGGGGCUCAAGGCGACCCGUUUGAUCAACCGCUGUACUCGGGCGGGCCGCCGAUUUACUCAGAGCCGCCACGGAGAUUAACGAACCAAAACCCGAACGCUUCCGCCGAGUACAGUCGAGGCCACAACGAAAGUCGUCGGCACGUGAACAGACCUCCAAAUUACUCUCCCCAACGAAACAUGAGAGAACCCGUCACUGCUUUACAACCAAAGGAAGAAGACAGAUCGUACAUCUACCGACCGAGACCCGAAAAUCACCGAGGAAAACCGGCAAAACCCGAUUACAUGCAGCAACAGCAGCAGAGUGCAAAAAACAGUAGUUAUCCAUUAGCAGCACAUAAUCCUGGCCCAACUGAGAUGGCUGCUAACACGAGAGGGGCACGUCCCGAUAACACAUACUUCUAAACCUUCAUCUUAUACACUGUUUAUUUUACGGUGUUAAAACACCAUCAGUUGAUGUUAUGAGAGCACUUCCUCAGAGGUGUACAAAUGUGAAUCAAGGAGUUUGAAUAUAACACCAAAUAGUGAUGAAAUAAUAAACACUGACACCGCGGUGAGUUAACGCAAUGAAUUUAACACUGACGAUACAUGCCACAUGCGGUCCUAUCAAAAUCUUUAUGGUGUUGCGAGAACACCGCUAUUUUUUCAAUAUGCCUUAAUUUCAAAAUUAAUUUGUAAUUGGACUGGUUUUUUUCCAAAUUAUAAAUC